AUGACAGCAAAGAAGAAUCAGACUCUGCAGAAUGGAAGUGCCAAGGAGAACGUGGUGCAGAGGGUCCUGCAGCUGCCAGUGGUGAGCUCGACCUGUGAAAGCCUCCAGAAGACCUAUGCCAGCACCAAGGAGGCCCACCCGCUCAUGGCCUCGGUGUGCGAGGUCUAUGAGCGGGGCGUGCAGGGCGCCAGCGCCUUGGCCAUGUGGAGCGUGGAGCCGGUGGUGCGCAGGCUGGAGCCCCAGUUUGCUGUGGCUAACAACCUGGCUUGCUGGGGCUUGGACCACCUGGAGGAGAAGAUCCCUGCCCUCCAGUACCCUGUUGACAAGCUUGCGUCUGAACUGAAGGGCACUAUCUCCUCCCCACUCCAAAGUGCGAAAAGCACCAUUGGCAAUUCCAUGGAUAAGAUCAUGGAGCUGGCAGCAGAAGGCUAUGAGGCCACCAAGAGCACUGUGGAAACAACAGCAAAGUACACAAGGAGGAGCUCAGUGAGCCAGAUGGCAGCCGCGGGGGUCGACACGGCCCUGGGAGGGCUGGAGAAGCUGAUGGAGUACCUGCUGCCAGAGGACGACGAAGAAGCAGAUCAGAAGCCCAAAGAGACACGUGGAUCAGCAGUAAAGGUCUCCCAGCAGCAGCCCAGUGCUCCCAGCACUCCCAGUGCUCCCAGCACCCUGGACCGGAUUGGUGCCUUGGUUAGCACCGCAUCCCACCGCGCUUACCAGCAAACCACCCAAAGCCUCCAGUACGCCAAAGCCAAAGGGCAGGAGCUGGCCACUUGGGUUCCCAUCCUGGGUAGCCUGGCCAAGCCGAGCACACCCGCGGUGCCACAGGUCCAUGGUGAUGGGCAGAGCACCACAACCGGCUGGCUGAGCCGGCGGCAGAGCAAGGUGCCAGAGCAGAAGCAGGAGAAGGCAGGGAAGAAAGACAACAACCACACCAAGGAGGCAGGGGAUGGCCCCGGGCUGGUGAGCAGCAUGGCACACAACCUGCAAACUGCCUGCGCUUCUGGUAUCUCCAAUGUGAAGAAGGUUCCUGCUGUGGCCUGGGAUGCAGCGGAGGGGUUGAUCCUCUUCACCCCCCGGAGGCUGUCCAAGGCCAUGGAGACAACAGUGGAUGCUCUCGGUGGGACCCUCGUCAGUGCCCCCAAGCAUCUCCUGGGCACUCUGUACAGCUACGUGCCGCUCCGCAGGCAGUCGGUGAAGGUAGAGGAAGCAGCUGGGGGCAGCAAGCCCAGCCCAGAGACAGAGCAGAAGGAGGAGGAUGCCAAACCUGCCACCCCCUCCACCGAGGAGAAGUCCCAGCUGCGAGGCGACUGGCGGAUGUACCGUGGCCAUCAUCCCCUCUCCUUUCUGGGCCUCGAGGACCCUCUCUUCCUGCGGCACAACCUCUACCGCAGCCCUGCCUUCGAGCCCGAGUGCCCCGUCCCACGGAAAUCCGCCUUCGCCCCCUACAACAGGCGGGUGAGCGAGGGCUCCUACCGCUUCAGCCCCGAGACCAUGUACAGCCGGGCUUACUAUGCCAACCUCUACAGCCCUGCCUUCAAGAAGGACUGA